AUGUCAACGUUUGCUAGACGGAGGAUAAUUCAAGAUUUAAACAAAAUCAACAAGGAUCAGAACAAAAGCUUUGAGGCCGCCCCAUUCGCAGACAACAUCAUGUGUUGCCAUGCAAUCAUUAGGGGCCCAGAAGAUACCAUAUGGGAAUGUGGCAUUUUGCAUUUAAUCAUUAAUUUUUCAGAAGAGUACCCUGUAAGUCCUCCCAAAGUAAAAUUCCUGUCAAAAUUAUUUCACCCAAAUAUAUACACCGAUGGUAAUAUUUGCCUGGACAUUUUGCAAAAUCAGUGGAGUCCUAUUUACGAUAUAACAUCGUUGCUGACGUCUAUUCAGUCUUUGCUGAAUGACCCGAACACGUCUUCCCCCGCGAAUCCCGAGGCAGCUCGGAUUUUCAUUAACAACAGGAACAUGUACAAUAAGAGAGUCUUGAUGUGUGUGGAGGAUAGCUGGGAAAUACCCAAAUUUAACAUGAACAGCUUUAGUUAG